AUGAACAAGAAACCCGGGAGAGUUUUGUCGAUACAAAGUCACGUGGUUUCGGGUUACGUCGGAAAUAAAAGUGCCACGUUUCCGCUUCAGGUUCUCGGUUUCGACGUGGAUCCCAUCAAUUCAGUACAAUUUUCAAAUCACACGGGUUACGGAUUGUGGAAAGGACAAGUUUUGAAACAGGACGAAUUGGAGGAUUUGGUAAAAGAUAAUUAUUCUCAUUUGCUCACGGGAUACAUCGGAGAUGCGGGUUUUUUGAAAAAAGUCGCCCAAGUCGUUAAACAAUUGAGAAAAGUCAAUCCGAAUCUCGUGUACGUGUGCGAUCCGGUCAUGGGAGACAACGGAAGGUUGUACGUACCGAAAGAAUCCAUGGCGGUUUUCAAAACGGAAAUCGUACCUUUGGCAAACAUAAUCACUCCGAAUCAAUUCGAAUUGGAAAUAAUAACGGACAGAACGAUAAAAACAUUCGACGACGCAUUGAAAGCCAUCGACGCCGUGCACGAAAUGGGAGUCGAAAUUGUAUUUUUAAGUUCGACGGAUUUGGCCGCGGACAAUGAAUUGUUGUCGAUAGUGAGCAAGAAAAAGGGUCAGGAGAGAAACGUUUUGAAAAUGAUUUUUCCGAAACUUCCGGCGAGUUUCACCGGAACCGGAGAUCUCACGGCUGCAUUAUUUCUCGCCUGGUACGAUAAAACAAACGAUUUGCAAGUCACGAUGGAAAACACGAUUGCGACGAUGCAAGCCGUCGUAAAAAGAACUUUUCAAAUGGCAAGACAAUCGACCGAAGGCGAUAAUCCGACCGUAUCGGCUUUGGAAUUGAAAUUGAUACAAAGCAAAACGGAUAUCGAAAAUCCGACUUGCACAAUAGCUGCCGAAACGGUAGAUUUGUAA